AUGAUUAAAACAAUAAUACGAUAUAAUUCAAGCUCAUUAAAAACAGCGAUAAAGCAACAACAACAACAACAACAAAAACCAAAAUUUAUAACAUCAAAUUAUAGAAAAUUAAAAUCUCAUUAUAAUACACCAAAAUAUCCUAUAGUUUUAUGUCAUGGAUUUUCAGGAUUUGAUAAAUUAACAUUUAUUGCGAAACCAAAUUUAGCUUUAAAUGAAGCAAUUGGUACAGCAAAAGAUAUUGCAAAAGAUGCAAAAGAUACAAUAAAAGAUAAAACUCCAGGAAUUGAAAAUUCUACCUCGUCAUCAACAAAAAAACUGUUUAUUGAAUUAGAUUAUUGGAGUGGUAUAAAAGAAGCAUUAACUAAAUUAGGAUCAACUGUUUUUAUAGCUAAAGUUCCAGCUUUUGGUAAAAUUAAAGAUAGAGCAAUAAGUUUAGAUAAAUUUAUAACAAAACAAUGUAAAAUUUUAAGAAAAUCUGAAUCAAAAUCAUCAAUUUAUAAUAAAGAUCAUCCUAAUCAACAUCAUCAUAAUACUUUUAAAAAUGAAGAUGAACCAAUAAAAAUCAAUUUAAUAAGUCAUUCAAUGGGAGGAUUAGAUUCAAGAUAUUUAAUUUCAAAAAUUCAUAAUAAUUCCAAAUCAAAAAUUUAUAAAAUUGUUUCAUUAACUACUAUUUCUACACCUCAUCAUGGUUCGGAAGUUGCUGAUUUUAUAGUUGAAAAUUUAAAAGAUUUACCAAUUUUGAAAUCAAUUUGUCCUGAAUCAAUAGAAGAAUUAACUACAAAACAAAUGAUAAAAUUUAAUGAAAAUGUUCCAAAUGAUCCUACGGUAAAAUAUUUUUCUUUUGGUGCAAGAUUUAAUCCUCAUUGGUAUAAUCUUUUCAAUUUAACUUGGCAAAUAAUGAAUCAUGAAAUAAUAAAAAAUAAUCAAAAUCAAAAUCAAAAUUCAAUUAAUCCUUCUUUAUUAGAUAAUGAUGGAUUAGUAAGUGUUGAAAGUUCAAAAUGGGGUAAAUAUAUUGGAACAUUAGAUCAAGUUGAUCAUUUAGAUUUAAUUAAUUGGACAAAUAAAGCAAGAUUAACUUAUGAUAAAAUUAUGUGGGCUGAAAAUCCUCCUUUUAAUGCUAUUGCUUUAUAUUUAGAUAUUGCUGAUAAAUUAGCUAAAAAUGGGUUAUGA